AUGGCGACCUUCAGAGCCUUGUUUAUCCUUCUUGUGGCACUCAACAGUCAUUCACCAGCCACCGCCCAAUCCAACUCACCAAGAAACCCGCACCUCCUCACCGCAAUUGAAGAGAUGAAACAAGCCGAUUAUUUCUCCUUCGUCAUGCUCAUAAACAUGUCCCCUCCCGUCCUAUUCGAAGGUAACCUCACCUUCUUUAUGCCCGACGACGGGAUGCUGUCAAGGAUCGUUCUACCCACAAAUGAUGUCUCCCAUUUCGUGCUUCGUCAUUCUAUACCCAAGCCUUUGCUCUUCGACUACCUCGAACACAUACCGACCGGUUCUCUCAUUCCAACGUCAGCUCCAGGGUACCUGGUCAGAAUCGACAACAAAGGAUGCAGGAGCUACUUUCUCGACGAUGUUAGAAUCACUAAACCGAAUGUGUGCGUGGCGGGGUCUUCAAUUAGGUGCCAUGGCAUUGACGGGGUGUUGCUGCCGGUGACGAACGUCACCGAAUCUCCAUCACCUCCUUGCCCUGGUAACACUGCUGCCGUCACAGCAAUGCCAACGCCACCUCCACCUCCUCCUCCAGCGAGUGAUGUGAUUCAGUCGCUGAGUUCAGCUUCGCCUGCACCAGCCACGGCAGCAAGUCCAUUCUCUCCCCGGGAGAAAUCAGCUUCUUCGCGCCGGCUUGGUGCCAAAGGACUAGUAAAUUCUCUAUUGAGUGGGAUUAUUAUCUCAGCCAUGAUGGAGUCCCGGAGGAAUGUGUUGUAA